AUGGCCGGAAUCAGGGUGCCGCCGGAGGAUGCAGACGUCUCGCAGGCGGCGCGGCAGGUGGCUGCCAUUGAUCUGAUCUCCGACGACGACCGGUCUGUGACGGCUGACUCAUGGUCCAUCAAGAGCGAGUACGGCAGUACUCUCGAUGACGAGCAGCGCCACGCUGAUGCUACGGAAGCCCUCUCCGCUGCCGCCUAUCGCGCCCCCUCAGAAUACAGUUCUGACAAGGAGGAGCCAGAUGCUGAAGCAGUUUCAUCAUUGCUGGGUUUUCAGAGUUAUUGGGACGCUACAUAUGCAGACGAGUUGGCAAAUUUUCGGGAGCAUGGUCAUGCUGGGGAAGUUUGGUUUGGAGCUGAUGUGAUGGAAAUUGUUGCUUCUUGGACCAAGAACUUAUUCGUUGGAAUAUCUCAACGUCACUUGCCAAAUCAUAUAGAUAUUGCAAAUAAUUUGUCUGCUGGAGAGCCUGAAAAGGAAUUGUCUAACUGGAGUGUGCUGGAUGUUGGCACUGGUAAUGGUUUGCUUCUUCAGGAGCUUGCUAAGCAGGGGUUCUCUGAUCUGACUGGAACUGAUUAUAGUGAAGGAGCAAUAGAUCUAGCUCGAAGCCUCACCGAUCGUGCUGAAUUCACCAAUAUUAAGUUCUUGGUUGACGACAUUCUUGAUACCAAAUUAGAUAAGAAGUUUCAGCUUGUUAUGGAUAAGGGGACUCUAGAUGCCAUUGGGUUGCAUCCUGAUGGUCCUCUUAAAAGGUCAAUGUAUUGGGACUCCAUCUCCGGACUCGUAGCUUCUGGUGGGUUGUUGGUUAUUACGUCAUGCAACAGUACGAAAGAUGAGCUGAUACAAGAGGUGGAAGCUUUCAAUCAAAGGAGUGGUGCAUCUCCAGAAUCUGUCACUGCUGUUGACCUAGAUGCAUCCAGAGAUCCCCCUCCAUUCCAAUACAUCGACCAUGUUCGGUCAUAUCCUACAUUUACGUUUGGAGGAUCAGUUGGUUCACGUGUUGCCACUGUGGCAUUUUUAAGAAACUAA